AUGCUCUCUCUGGGGGGAGGAACUCAGCACCCACACAGGGUGAGGGGGGAGGAGGGGGAGGAGGUGAGGGAGGUGAGCAGUGAGGAGAGGGAGGUGAGGAGUGAGGAGAGGGAGGUGAGGAGUGAGGAGAGGGAGGUGAGCAGUGAGGAGAGGGAGGUGAGGAGUGAGGAGAGGGAGGUGAGCAGUGAGGAGAGGGAGGUGAGCAGUGAGGAGAGGGAGGUGAGGAGUGAGGAGAGGGAGGUGAGGGGUGAGGAGAGGGGGGUGAGGGGUGAGGAGAGGGAGGUGAGGAGUGAGGAGAGGGAGGUGAGCAGUGAGGAGAGGCAGGUGAGGGGUGAGGAGAGGGAGGUGAGGGGUGAGGAGAGGGAGGUGAGGGGUGAGGAGAGGGAGGUGAGCAGUGAGGAGAGGGAGGUGAGGGGUGAGGAGAGGGAGGUGAGGGGUGAGGAGAGGGAGGUGAGGGGUGAGGAGAGGGAGGUGAGGGGUGAGGAGAGGGAGGUGAGCAGUGAGGAGAGGGAGGUGAGGAGUGAGGAGAGGGAGGUGAGGGGUGAGGAGAGGGGGGUGAGGGGUGAGGAGAGGGAGGUGAGGAGUGAGGAGAGGGAGGUGAGCAGUGAGGAGAGGCAGGUGAGGGGUGAGGAGAGGGAGGUGAGGGGUGAGGAGAGGGAGGUGAGGGGUGAGGAGAGGGAGGUGAGCAGUGAGGAGAGGGAGGUGAGGGGUGAGGAGAGGGAGGUGAGGGGUGAGGAGAGGGAGGUGAGGGGUGAGGAGAGGGAGGUGAGGGGUGAGGAGAGGGAGACACUGGUUCAGAUCCACUUCCUGUGCGUCUGGCCCAGUUUCCUGUCUGCGGUGGAACAUGCAGAGGUGGAAGUCUGA